AUGACAUCGGCUGGUCCUUUGACGCCGAGUGGUUCAUCUUCAUCGGCCACAGUCGAAGAAGUGCGGCCACAGGCAGGUCCCUUGCCGCUGAAGCGAGGUGAAAUUGGGUACAGGGAAGAUUUGCAUGAAGAAGGGACGGCGCAGGAAACCAGCAACUCUCCUGAGCAAGUACUUCCCGAGCGACAUCCUGCAGACAGAGAAAAUACGAGCCACUCCGAUACUCCUACUCCAUCGUCCACUACUCCUCCGCCGACCUCUCCCUCUCCUGCCCCUUCCUCGACCGAUAAUGCUAUCAACAAGCCAUUAAAGAGGUCGAGGAAGAUAUGUUACGGUGGCAUUACGUUGUCAACUCUAAUGGCAUUCCUCAUUCAACUGUUGAUGGUUUUCGGGACUAUUACUGGAUGGGUGGUAACGGUGCUCUUGAUGAACAAGAAGACGAAAGCGGUUAAAGAGGGGAAUGCAGCAGGCACAAUCCCUUCAUCCGUGUUCGUCCAUGUGGUUUUCACCAUCGCAAUCCUUGGACAGCUUCUUUUCCUGGAACGCCGACUUUACCGUCUACGAGCCGAGCGUUAUGCCCACUUACAUCCAGGAGAGAUAAUCCCCUCGUCUAUCCGAUAUGGUAAUCAUUCAGAUCCUGUAGUGGCAUUUUCACCUUGGAACCGACCUCCUUUGCCAACUUAUGCUGCUACUCUGGCACAGAGUGGUGUUGGUACCGGGGAUGCGGAAGAUCAUAUCAUUGCUCAGCCUCCACCGCCAGCCUAUGGGAAUACCAGAGGAAGCACACUGCUUUUGAGCGGCUUCCUCAGGAACAGUCUUCGAGCGCAAAGACCGGUCUCUAGUGACUCGACAGCGACGACACCGGAAAGGCCGGUGAGUUACCGUAGUAUGGAUUCAGAGUGGGAGGUUGUUCAGGAUGCGCGGAGAGCUCAACAAUUGGAACGAACGUUGGCAACGCUCGAAAGGAAUCGGUAG